UAUCUUUGGAAGAGCAGCUAGGCUCUGAUUCUAACGCUUCUCCCAUCGAUCUGUAUGGGCUGUACCUCCACCCCUUUCUUCCUCCACGCUCCUCCCAUCCUUCCUAUUCUCUUCUUCACUCUCCAAACCCUGUGCACCUUCUCCUCUUCUCGGCUUCGGAUGCCCUCCUCACUUACAUUAUGGACUCGGGAGGGGAAGGAGGAGAGGGUUGGAUGGAGGACCAGUGGGAGAAAUGGUUGACCCAUGACAUCAGCCUGGGUGAGUUUGAAGAUGAUGACCUGUCGGAGAUUACAGAGAUCACAGAUGAGCGCGGGGUGAGCCUUAACUGCAAUGGCCCUGAUGUAAAGGGCCACGUGAGACGAGGGACCAAUAGCCGGCCGGGGAGGGCAGAGCUCGGCGCCGUCGGUCAGUUCCAGGCUGAGAUGCUCCACUUGGACCUUAUUGACGGUGCCGACGGUUACCGCGGCGACAAGGAGUCCUGCAAGGCCUCCAUCGCACCUCCGCCGGUCACCAAGGACCCGACACUACCGGUUACCAUGGAUACCUACCGACCCAAGAGACCCACAACCCUUAACCUCUUUCCAAUUGUGCCACGAACACAGGACACGCUAAACAACAACUCUUUUGGGAAAAAAUACACAUGGCAGGAGAAAGUUUCCGGCUCAUCUUCACCUCUCAAAACCGGCGAGCUAACGCCUCCACGCGAGCACAACUGCCUGAGCGACGAGGACAAGGUGCAUAGCGGUGGUGCGCAGACCAAAGACAGAGGUACCUCCACCGACGCCCCCUGCAGGCACGGAAAAACAUCCGGUCGUUCGCAAAGCUCUACAACUGCGGCAGCGACGCGGCCAAAGUUUCAGGAGAAACCACCCGCGCCACCACCACCGCCCCUGAAUUACAAACCGGCUCCUCUCUAUCCGGCGGGGAAGGUGGAUGGGGGUGGACAAAGGGUCCAGUACCAGUCGGACACUCAUCUGGAGCCCACAGAUGAGAUUUAUCUAACUCCAGUACGGCGUUCUUCUGACCCCUUGGAGCCUCUUUGCACACAGGACCGUCCUUUCCUUUCACAGCAGACUGAGCAGGGCCGCAUGUCCAUUAGCUCCGACACAGAAGGCCCACCUCCCUACCAGCCACUACCAGAUCGGACCAACCCUUCUAUCUACGAAGAGGAAGAAGUCUACAUCCCGCCGCCUUCCUACGCUUCCUGUGUUGAAUCGCUCAUCACGCCGCCAAGCAUGGCUCUCUCAGCUCAUUCUUCCCUAGCACUGGACCUCAGUUUGAAGGGCUCAGGAACAGGUGCAGGGGCAAUUUUGCGAGCUGGUUCUUCAGUAGAGUAUGUGGACGCAACAGACGACAGCUACUGCGGAGAGGACGAGGAUGUGGACAGAAUAAUUAUGGAUGAAAGAAUGAGGAAAGCGGGAGGAAAGGUGGAUGGCGGCAGCGGCAGGGCCGCCUUGCUACGAACUUCAAUGUGCUCUGAUGCCAGCGGCCUGUCGUACGACUCGGUCAAAUACACACUGGUGGUGGACGAGCACGCUCAGCUAGAACUCGUUAGUUUGCGGCAGUGCUACCAAGGUUACAGCGACGACAGCGACUCGGCCACCGUCUACGACAACAGUGUCUCCUCUCCCUACGAGUCUGCCAUCGGGGAGGAGUACGAGGAGGACGAGGAGGAGGACUGCUCCCGCUUGGGGGGAGUGAGACGAGAGGCCACCGCUUGUCUGUCGGAAGACUCUACGCCGGACGUGGACCUGCACUUCUCGAAGAAGUUCCUCAACGUCUUCAUGAAUGGACGCUCUAGCUCAUCAAGUGCAGAGUCUUUUGGCCUAUUCUCCUGCAUCAUAAAUGGAGAGGAACAUGAUCAGAGUCAUAGAGCCGUCUACAGGUUUGUCCCUCGCCACGACGAUGAAUUGGAGCUGGAAGUAGACGAUCCAUUGCUGGUGGAAGUCCAAGGGGAGGAUUACUGGUAUGAGGGCUACAACAUGAGAACCGGAGCCCGAGGGAUCUUCCCAGCUUACUACGCCAUCGAGGUGACCAAGGAGGCCGACAGCUUCAAAGCAAAGAGCAGCGAAUGGAUGGACAGAUACCGGCUAAAGUUCUUGGGCUCGGUCCAAGUGCCGUACCACAAAGGAAACGAUGUUCUGUGUGCGGCCAUGCAGAAGAUCGCCACCAACAGAAGAAUGACAGUCAAGCACAACCCACCUUCUUCCUCUAUCCUGGAGAUCAGUGUGAAAGGAAUCAAACUGGCCGUCGAGGAGGAUUAUUACACCUGCGACGGCAGUAACGAGUGCAGUCACUUUUUCCAGCUAAAGAACGUCUCCUUCUGUGGUUUUCAUCCCAAAAACAGCAAAUAUUUUGGUUUCAUAACCAAGCACCCAGCAGACCAGAGAUUUGCCUGUCAUGUGUUUGUGUCUGAAAAUUCCACCAAGCCUGUCGCAGAAUCAGUAGGGAAAGCCUUCCAGUUGUACUACAAAGAGUUUGUGGAGUUUUCAUGCCCCACAGAAGAUAUCUACUUGGAAUAACCUCGUCCUGCCUUCAACCACAGCCCUGUACAGUACACUGUAUCAUAUCAUGAUGUUGCAUGAAGGACACAUCUAAGAAAAUAACACAUCUAAUGAGCAGGCAGGAAAGGAAGUGGAAGGGAAUACAAUAGAUCCCCGCACAUCGUAGUGAAAAGCCCUAAAAAUGCCUAUUUUUGAUACUUUAAACCUGAAAAUAUGCCAUACUUAGUUAUUAUUAUCAGUUUGUACACAUCAAGAAACAAUUACAGGUAUACAGUAUUGUACUUACACAACAUCACGUCUUGUAAAAGUAUCUUCAUGCUGGGAAAUGUUGGGCCCAUUGACUCGUGAGACGACGCCCUUUUCUGCAUUCAUAGCUGCGGCACACAAAGCAGAGAAGUGAAACCCAUGAGAUACUGCUAGCGGGGAUCUAGUGUAGUCUUCAAAGUGUCCAGAAAUUAUGCAAAAUGGCGUCAGUGAUGCUGAAGUGAUCACAGCCUGCCCAUGAAGGGCAGCGUUUGCAGGGCGAGUCAGCAAAGUAGCAGUGGGUGGAAACUGAACCGCCUUUUACUUGCACUCAUCCUUGAGGUGAAGAUUGACAGAAAGCAGGGGUGUAACGGUACAUCUGCACCAUUCCGAUUAUGUCUCACUCCCGUCACGUUUGAUUGACGUCCCCAAUCCAAUACAAGCGGCAUUGGCAUGCAGCAAACUCCCAUAAGCCCAGAGAGUGUACGUUAACACGGCCAUAAAAAAAGAUGCGGCGUGGAAGCGUGCAGAGAGGCACUUCCAUUAGCGUGCAGCCUAGCGGGAGUUGUGAUAGUGCUUCUUUCGUUUGGUAACACAUGGACUAUGCCAACAAUGGUUGUCACAAUGCGGCCCGAGGGACCGUUUGCGGAACAUUUUUCGCUUUUUUUUGGGGUCCGGGGAUAAUAAGAGCAAAAAAAUAUAAUGUAACGAAAAAAAGAGAAAAUGUUGAUAUUAAUAACUAAUAAUAACACAAUUUGAUGUUAAAUAAUGUGUGUAUUUUAUUAGCCUUUUAAAAAAAACCAAUUAUAAUUAUCAAAGUGGUCCCAUAUUCGGUAUUCUGCAAUUCAGCCAAAUAGCAUCGUCAUUAACACUGUUUAUUUAAAGUCUUUACUGUGGCACUUACCUGCAUUGUUUCACUUUACUAAAAGAAAACCUUGUAAAUUAUCAUUAUUUAUUUAUUAAACUUGACAUCAAGAAUUUCAUUCAGGAUUACCGUAUUUUUCGGACCACAGGGCGCACCAGAUUAUAAGGCGCACUGCUGAUGAAUGGUCUAUUUUUGAUCUUUUUUCAUAUAUUAGGCGCACUGGAUUAUAAGGCGCAUUAAAGGAGUCAUAUUAUUAUAAUUUUUUUGUAAAUGGAAAACACUUCCUUGUGGUCCACAUAACAUGUAAUGGUGGUUAUUGGUCAAAAUGUUGCAUAGAUUAUGUUUUACAGAUCAUCUACAAGCCGCUUUCUGACAGUCGCUUCAGGAUGCGCCGUUUUUGGGGCGGUCUUAUUUACGCGGCUCACCUUCGGCAGCGUCUUCUCCCCGUCAUCUUUGUUGUAGUGGUGUCGCGUGCAAGGACGGGGGUGGAAGAAGUGUCAAAAAAUGGAGCUAACUGUUUUAAUGACAUUCAGACUUUGCUUAGAUGAAUAACGGAGCAGCAUCUCCUCAUCCGGAAACAACCACACCGGAAAUGUGUCCCGUGAAAAAAUGUCAGACCGGAACUCUAAUAACUAAAGUUUCUUGGGUGAAUAAUGUAAACUCACUACACCGGUAUGUUUUAGCGCUUUCAUGGCGAGUUUACUGACAGAUAUAAGUUACACUACUUUAUAUUACAAAUGGGAACAGCGGAGGAUGAAUGUCCCAUAACAAGAAGAUUAAAAAAAAGAAGAAGCUUAUCGACUACAAUGUCGACACAGACUUCAAAAGCGGACCUUUCAGGAUUUACGCAGAUCCCAAAUACAGAUCAUCAGGUACUAGAAGGUAAGAAAAGUUUAUUUUGCAUAAUAUUGCGAAACAAAACGUCAGAUAAUAUGUCUUACCUUAUACACACACCAUAAUAAUACUCGUAUGUUUAAUGCACCGACAAUCUUUCAAGCGUUGCGGCUUCAUAGCUUACCGACGUCGUAUUAAAACAUUUUGAUCGAUUUUUUAGCGCCGUGUGUAAUGUUCUAUAUUUUCAAUGGAACAUUUAACAUGUUGGUGUUGUUUACUUGAGACCCAUCAUAGUGCAGCCUACAUGUAUCUCUUAUGUUUGACUGCCAUCUACUGGUCACACUUAUCAUUACACCAUGUACCAAAUAAAAUAGCUUCGAGGUGAGUAUGCUCAACCAAAAUUAUUCCUUACAUUAGGCGCACCGGGUUAUAAGGAGCACUGUCGAGUUUUGAGAAGAAAAAAAAGACUUUAAGUGCGCCUUAUAGUCCGGAAAAUAUGGUAGUUUGCUCGCAGUUUGCCUAUUUUU